CUGAAAAAGUACUACUUCCAGCAAGGCUGGCUUGGACUCUUUCCCAUUUGUGGACGGGAAUCGUUCUCUCCACUCAGCUUCAACGUCUUGUGAAAUGGGAGCUCCAAUGGCGGAAACCUUGCUUUCAUCGUAAUCUGGAAAAUAGAAAAUUACCGUUAUUCCAUUCGACGAAGUUGCAAUGGAUUCUGAAAUUGAAACUCCUUUGCUACAUCUCGAUACAGUUCAUGGUGCCGUUGACUACAGAGGCCAACCACUCAUUAGAUCCAAGUCAGGCUACUGGAGAUCGGCUUGGUUCACCAUAAGUGUGGAAGUGGGAGAGAGAAUGGCAUUCUACGGAAUAGAGUCGAACCUCAUCACCUUCUUAACGGGUCCGCUCCGCCAGAGCACGGCCGCCGCCGCCGGAAAUGUCAAUAUCUGGGAGGGAACGGCGUCUUUACUGCCUCUAUUGGGAGCAUUUGUGGCUGAUUCUUAUCUUGGACGCUACCGCACCAUUGUCGUUGCUUCCCUUGUUUAUAUCUUGGGACUAGGCUUGUUGACACUGUCAGCUAUGCUUCCUUCUCUUCUUAAUUCUGAAUGUGAAGAUGCCUCUAAAUUUGCAUCAUGUUCUAUAAAGUUGCAAGUCAUAUUGUUCUUCUCGGCACUUUACCUUGUGGCCCUUGGACAAGGAGGACAUAAGCCUUGUGUUCAAGCUUUUGGAGCCGAUCAAUUUGAUGAACAACAUCCCAAAGAAUGCAAAGAGCGAAGUUCAUUUUUUAAUUGGUGGUAUUUUACAAUGUGUGCAGGUAUCUUGGUAUCCGUAUUGAUAUUGAACUACAUACAGGACAACAUAGGCUGGGUUGUUGGAUUUGGAAUCCCUUUUCUUGUAAUGAUCGUGGCGUUGUUGAUUUUCCUGCUUGGAACUAAGACUUACAGGUUUCACGUUGAAGGGCAUGAGAAGAGCCCAUUUGUUAGAAUUGGCCGUGUUUUUCUUGCUGCUGUAAGAAAUCGGAGAAUCAUCCUAUCAAACAUUGCUUUCAAGGAGGAUGCUAGAAAUAUCGCACCUCCUCAAACUUCCAAACAAUUCAACUUCCUCAACAAAGCACUGUUUGUACCAAAUGGCUCAAAAGAAGAGGAGGCUUGUAGCCUCAGUGAGGUGGAAGAAGCAAGGGCUGUACUGAGACUUGCUCCUAUUUGGGCUUCAAGCCUGGUAUUUGGUAUUGUCUUCGCUCAAAUUCCUACUUUCUUUACCAAGCAAGGAAUUACUAUGAAUAGGACCAUUUUUCCUGGCUUUGAUAUUCCUCCUGCUUCCCUUCAGACCCUCAUACCUUUAGGCAUUGUUGUUUUUACUCCCAUCUAUGACCAAAUAUUUGUACCGGCAGCGAGACUUAUCACUAAGAAACCCUCAGGAAUCACAAUGCUGCAAAGAAUUGGAACUGGAAUAUUUUUAUCCAUAAUUACAGUCGUAAUUGCAGCUCUUGUUGAGAUGAGAAGACUACAAGCAGCAAUAGACUCUGGUCUAGUUGAUGAUCCAAAGGCAACUAUUCCAAUGAGUGUAUGGUGGUUAAUUCCUCAAUACUUCUUAUUUGGAGUUGCUGACGUUUUCACCAUUAUUGGUUUCCAAGAAUUCUUCUAUGAUCAGGUUCCAAAAGAACUGCGAAGUAUGGGUCUUGCUCUUUACUCGAGUAUUCUUGGUGUGGGGAGCUUACUGAGCAGCUUUCUAGUUUAUGUGAUAGAGCAAGUAAGUGGUAAAGAUGAACAGCGUAGCUGGUUUGAUGAUAAUCUCAACCAGGCACAUCUUGAUUACUUUUACUGGUUACUUGCUGUACUCAGUGUGAUGGGAUUGGCUUUAUUCAUUUUCUUUGCAAAAUCAUAUAUCUAUAAUAAGGAAGGAAUAGCUCGAGGUUAGUGUUUC